AUGUCUAGUCUUUUUCAACAACGAGCCCCCGAAGGCUGUCGCAGUGACGCCUACCCCUCCGGCAUUGACAAUACAUUCAACCCUGAACUCAAGUUUGCCUGGACCGCCUGGACCAACGGCACCGAAAUUGCUGUGAGAGCUUGCUGCGAAGACUCGCCGAUUAUUGUCUACAAAGAGUGCUGGCUCACAUGCGAGCUUCCAGACAGCAUCCAGAAGAAUAUCACGGAGGAUGUCUCCGCAGCCAUGGCUUUUAGUCGCUGUGUAAACCUGAACUGGCCAGAGAACACGGGUCGGCCCACCCUGUCAUUCGGAGGCACAAGAUCAGGCCCCGCGAUGCCUUCUGCCGCGGUGCCCAACUUGGGCCACUUGAUGCUCCUCGUUUUGGGCCUUCUUUGUCUCAUGCGAUAG